GGCCGCCGCCAAGCAAGCCAAUGCCUUUGACUUUAUCAUGGGGUUCCCCGCGGGCUUUUGACACGGACGUCGGCGACCGUGGUGCGCAGCUCUCGGGUGGCCAGAAACAACGCAUUGCGAUCGCCCGCGCGAUCAUCAAGAACCCGAGUGUGCUCUUGCUGGACGAAGCCACGAGUGCGCUCGACACGGAGAGCGAGCAUGUCGUGCAGGCGUCGCUGGACGCGCUCGUCGCCGCCCGCCAGCGCACCACCAUCAUCAUUGCGCACCGCCUCUCGACGAUCCGAGGCGCCGACCGCAUCGUCGUGCUGAGCGACGGCGUCGUCGUCGAGGACGGCACCCACGACGAGCUCCUCUCGAUCCCCCACGGUCACUACAAGGGCCUCGUCACGGCGCAGAUGCGACACGCCAGCGACGACGACGACGACAAUGCAGUAGACGACGCGCCGUCCGCGGCGGUCGUGACCCAGGCCACCGAGCGCCACAAAGAGGUUGGUGACGCCGCCUCGUCGACUGGCGAUGACGACGCGACGUCGGUCGACAGUGCCGGGCUGAAGCGGCCAUUGUUGGUCGUCGGCAGUCUCGGCGCGCUCAUCCACGGCGCCGUGUACCCUGUCUGGGGCGUGCUGCUGACGAAAUGCGUCGUGCUCUUCUACCGCCAAGACCUCUCGUCGUCCGAGAUGCGCCAUCAAGCCAUGUGGUGGGGCCUCAGCUUUGUCUUUAUGGGCCUUAUGUACGUGCUUGCCAUCAUUGCACAGUACCACCAGUUUGCCACCGCGUCCGAGCGGCUCACGGGUCGCAUCCGCUACAUGAGCUUCCAGGCGAUGCUGCGCCAGGACAUGGCGUGGUUUGACGACCCGCGGCACACGCCAGGCGCGCUCACGAUCCGCCUGGCGACCGACUCGGCGGCCAUUCGGUCCAUGACAUCCGAGUCGCUCAACGCCGUUCUCGUCAACGCCUCGUCGCUCGGUGUCGGCUUUGGCGUCGCGUUCUACUACUCGUGGAAGAUGACGUUGGUGCUCGCCGCCAUCUUUCCGAUUCUUGGGUUUGCCAGCGUCAUGGAGAUGCAGACGCUCGGCGGCGGCGACAAGGACCUCAACGACGGCGACCUCCACGCCGGCGCGCUUCUCUCGGAAGCCAUCAAUGCGAUCCGCACCGUGGCCUCGUUUGGCCUCGAGAAAGCCACCAACGCAGCGUACCUGACCUAUCUCCAGCAGUCGGCGUCGACCGACGUCAAAGUCGGUUUAAAGAGCGCGUCCGCGUACGGCCUCAGUCAGUCCACCAUGGUGCUGGCGAUCGCCACCACCUUCUACUUUGGCGGCUGGCUCCUCCUCCGCGGCGACGUGACGUUCGAAGCCAUGAUGACGGUUCUCAACGCGAUCCUCUUUUGCUCGUUUGGCGUCGGCAUUGCCGUCCAAGGGCUCGGCGACGUCGGCAAGGCCAAGAAGGCGGUCCAGAGCAUCUUUGCAAUCAUCGACCACGUCCCGAGCAUCGAUGCGAUGGCCGCGUCGGGCGCGACCCUGGCGCACGUGCACGGCGACGUGCACUUUUCCCACAUUGCAUUUGCGUACCCGAGCCGGCCGGACGCCAAGAUCUACCGCAACUACAACCUCUCGAUUGCGAGCGGCCAGACGCUGGCGCUCGUCGGCGGCAGCGGCAGCGGGAAAAGCACCGCAAUUGCGCUCUUGCAGCGGUUUUACGACCCGAGCGCCGGCGCCGUGACCAUCGACGGCGUCGACGUUGCGUGCCUCAACGUCGCGUCGCUGCGCAGCCACAUUGCGAUCGUGUCGCAAGAGCCCGUGCUGUUUGCGGGAACGAUCGCCGAGAACAUCGCGAUGGGCAAGCCGAAUGCGAGCCGCGAAGAAAUCGAAGAAGCGGCGAGAAAGGCCAACGCCCACGACUUCAUCGUGCGGUUUCCAGACGGGUACGACACGUCGGUGGGCGACCGUGGCGUGCAAAUCUCGGGCGGCCAAAAGCAGCGCGUUGCGAUCGCGCGUGCCAUCAUUCGCGACCCCGCGAUUCUGCUGCUCGACGAAGCCACGAGUGCGCUCGACACGGAGAGCGAGGCCAUCGUCCAAGCGUCGCUCGACAAGCUCCUCACGCUCAAGAAGCGGACGACCAUUAUUGUCGCCCACCGCUUGUCGACGAUCCGCAACGCCGAUGUCAUUGCCGUCGUCCACGACGGUCGCGUCGCCGAGCUCGGGACGCACGACCAGCUCAUGAACAUUCCCGACGGCUUGUACCAAAACCUCGUCGCUCGCCAAAUGAGCAAGACGACCACGUAAGGAUAUACGUCGUCGCACCACGUUCUCUUUGGAAUGUACUUUGAAUGAAUGCAUAUUGCUCCAG